CUCGGCCCUCUCCUGUCGAGCGGCUUUCUUGGAGUCAAGCUAUGGGAUGAAGGCACCUACCCAAUCCUGGGUGGCCUGUUUUGUGCUGUUAGUACAAGUCUUGUUCCAUUCACUGUCUACUGUCUCCAACGCUCGCUAAAAUGGUGGCCAGGGGAGGACCCUGGACUGUUCCAGGGAUUCCGUACACAUGUGCGAGGAGGUUGGGUGGUAAUGGAAAUCGCCACGAUCCUCACUGGAUCUCUCUUUCUUGGGUGUGGAGUUAAAUUCCCGUUCCUCCUGUUCCCCAUUUCUUGGAGUCUGUGGUUCCUAUCUAUGGACCUUGCUCCCUUUCUCCCGGAGUGGUACCGUGGAUGGAGAGGCAUGUGGGAGGCACGCAGAAUACUCUCCCUCUUCUUCGGUCUCUCCAUGCUGAUAAUCGGGCAACUGCUCGAGGCAAGGCUGGGUUCCGACCCAGAUUUCGGUUUCUGGCUCUAUCUCUUUGGACUGCCUACAUUUUGGUUUGCAGUAACGUUUGCUUUUCCUGACUACGACCUCCAUGGCUCUCUAUAUCUACUAAUAAACAUUGCAAUUUCCUUAUCCGGUAGCCAUCUCAAGCGCACCACUUUCCACGUCUUUGCAACUAUGGGUGUCCUCCUGUACACUAUUGGCGUGUUCUCAAACUACAUUAAACCAGAGAAAUCGUUUUUUCUGUGGGUCCUGAAGGCACUAUCGGUGGUCGGACUAUUCUCCCAGGCUCUGAAAACAGGUGGCAGUAUUGAGAUUGUGAUAGGCCUCGCGUGUCUUGUGGCAUUCACCUACUCUUUUCUUCCAUUUCUUGAUUCAGGCCCUCUACACCAGACCUUCUUUCUCUUUACCUCCCUGGGGUUUGUAGGCUGUGCAGCAGCCUUCCAGAGACCUCUUAAUCUGUGGUUGUUUGAUUUUCCCGAUGCCUCGUUGCUGGUUGGACUGGGUUCCUCCCUGUGCGUUCUCCUCUACCAUGCUCGAUUGAUUAAGUACCACUUUGGUUCACCGACUGAGAAUCUGACGGUGUUUUUGCUGCACAUCUAUCGAGUGGGGGUGUCGCUGUGUGUAUCGGUAGUGUUCGUUUUCCUUCGCCAGCCGGCGUACGCCUGGGUCGGCGGUCUUGGUAUACCCCUAAUAGCGACUAACUUUUCGUCUCUCCCGCGCAUAAUAUGGUCAGUGCGCCGCGGUGAGAUGACAGAGUAUUUUCAUUUGAGGGUUUUGUCUCUGGUUCUUCUAGUAGUGGGCGUAGUUCUUUCGCUCUAUGUGGAAUCUAACGUACUUUAUGUUGUGACUUGCACAGUGUUGCUGGUUUUCAUCCUCGUGCAACUUCAAAAUUGGAAAAUUAUUGGCUGCGUCUUCUCUGUCGCUCUUGUAUUACUGUCAGUGCCCCUGCAAUCAAGGUUCAUAAUGACAAUCGGUGUCAUCUACAUCUUCAUCUAUCUAACCCACCUUGCGUACGACACGUUCAAGAACUCUAUGCUAUUCUCACUGACUCUAAUAGGUCUGGGGCUCUCUAUCAUCUACCUAGGCUACCUGUACCAAUCAAACGAAGCUCUAGUUCAGGAGCACUUUGAUCAUUUCACCCCAGAUUUUGUUAAAAUUCUUUUGACUCGACCUCUCUCGCGUGAAUGGACCCACCGCAGUCGGUUUGACUGGUACUACCACUUUAAGAAGACAGAUUUCUUGUAUGAGAGUUUCGUGAGUCGUCCGUAUUGCUGGAUCCUAUGGCCGGCCCCUCUAAUGCAUGCACUGUCAAAGGGAAAGGUGCCAUUUGUUAGUACAGUGGUGUCCUUUGGGAUCAUACUUCUGCUCCUGGCAAUGGCCAUUUCGAGUCUUCGACGCAGCUUUGUGGUCGACUUGGACAGCGAGGUAAAGGUCACAUCGCUGAAUAUGGCACUGAGUCGGGAGCAUGAUAAUCACGGUGUGAUUGUAAAGAUAAAGGGAACAAAGCCGCCCAGUUUGAAGAGCAGUCCUUACGUGGCCGUGGAUGUCAGUGGACAGAGUUUCUGGGGAGUUGUCCUGGAGGCCUUUGGAGAAUGGAGAGUGUCUUUUGCCAGAGCAAUGUUUCUUCCACUGAGACUGUCGCCUCACCUCGUAUCAUUUGUGGGGUUCACAGAGGAUAGCAGUGAGUUCUCUGCCACCAUUCUCCUGGGGACUGGCCACAGGGGUAGUGUAAGAUUGAGUCACAGAACUGCACUGGACACACUAGCCAAACUGAAGAGACGAGACUCCAAUGCUAGAAUGACUUGCACUCUUCUCUAUUCAAACUCUUGGUAUGCCCCCUUUAGCAAGCUGGCAGAGAAGGAGAUAAGCUUAAGGGAUAUUGUACUCGAAUGAAAAUCAGACCAUGAUAAUAUAAGAGCCUCGUCCAAAACUGAGUAGAGUAACAGGCGUGUGCUAAUCGUACAUAUUCUAGUCUAGAAUGUCUAUGUCGUGUGUAUAUACAUGUAUUUAUGUUGUGGCUUUUAGGCCUCUGAAAAAUUGCACGUGAUGCGGUAUAGUCCGUGGAGCCAAAACUCUCUGUCAGUAUCCAUUCUGAGGAUAGCUUCUGUUUUGACCCAAACACAUGUUA